UCACAAGAGUGUUAAGUAAGCGCCAAUGACAAAGAAAUUUGAUAUUUGACCUUAAUUGAGAUGAGAGAUUAUCAUGGUAUAGUGAAAUAUCCAGAAUCAUUGUUGGAGACAUCCGAUGAAUCAACUUUGUCGUAGGAAGGGGUUCAUUGAUAUUGUUAUAUAAACAAAUUCUCACCCAUCAUUUUUAGGUAGUUUUCAUUCACUUCUAACAUAUAGGUAUCACAGUGAAAGUAUUUAACAAAAAUGGCAUUUAAAUAUUUCUGCCUGUUAACAUUAGCUGCUUAUGUAGUAGCAGCUCCUCAAGGAUCUCCUUCAACUGAACCAAUACCGAUCGUCAAACAGGAACAGGAAGUGAACUUCGAUGGAUCUUAUAAAUACAGUUUCGAAACUGGCAAUGGAAUAAAAGCUGACGAACAAGGUUUUCUCAAAAAUGCUGGCAAAGAGGAUGAAGAGAUUCAAGUAGCUCAAGGAAAUGUUGAAUAUACUGCACCAGAUGGUCAAGUCAUAAAAUUAACCUUCAUUGCUGACGAAAAUGGUUUCCAGCCACAAGGUGAUCAUAUUCCUACACCCCCACCAAUACCAAUUGCUAUCCAAAAAGCAUUAGAUUUCAUAGCUUCACAGCCAUCAACAGAAGAACCAAAAAAUGAAUAAAAGGAGAACUUCAUGCGGGAAAAAAGAAAAUAAUUGUAUUUAUCAAUGCGCUAUAAAUGAUUGAAUAUUGUGAUUUGUUUUGUGAUGAGAGACGAAUAACCAUGAAUCGAAGAACCCAUUAUUCAUCAAUUGUAUUCAUAAUAAUGAUAAUAUAUGUUUCAGUUACUGGUUGAUCUUUCCAAAAUAGCCAUAAAAGUAAAAACGGAUUCAGGAAUAAUAUUUUAAAGAGUUUAAUAAUAUAAAUUGCUGUUCGGUUAGGAUCAACUUCAAAAAUUUUUAUGUUAUGACAGAUAAUAAGUAAUCAGAUUAAAAAAUUAACCAAAUCAUUAUAAUCACAUUUUUUCAUCAUUUAUAUUAUUUUUCAUAUGUUAUGAAAAUAAAUGUCAAUUUUCAUUAUUCGUUUCUCAAUAAAGUGAUGAAACUCAUGUAAGUAUUAAUAUAUUUUUCUAUC